AUGGUUGAGGAUGAGUUCUACGCUAUAGCUCAAUCAUUCACACAACAUCUACAUUACGCGGAAUACAUUCGAAGGAAGAAAGAAGCGAAAACGCAGAGAACAGAGGCGAUGAAUGAUAUCCAGCGGCCUACUGAUGGUAGAACAAAGUUGCCGAAGGAAGCCGAACGAAGAAAGGAGGCAGAAGCGCUCGCUGCCCGCCAGAAGGCUGGGCUGGCACAACUGAGAAAUCCGGAAGAAGACAAAGAUGAUUCUGAUGAUGGCGACGAUGACAGCUGGGCUGGAACGCAUCUCCAUGGCCUCAUGACCAGUCCUAGAAAAUCGCGCUCGUUGGUGGGUACGCAUGCAGUGAAGUCUUCUACGAGGGCCGCUGCAGGCUUUGGACAAGCCGCCAGCUCCAGUAGCAAUCGAGCCGCGGCCGGUGCUGCAUUAUUCAGGGCAGCAGCAGCUCAUGUUGUCGAGGUCAAUGAAGAAACUGCAUCAGAUGAUGAUGCAGAUCUCGCCGGAGAGACGGCUUCAGACGAAGAUGAUGAUCUCGAUGGGAAGGCUCGUCCGAUCACGAUACCUCAGUCGAAACGCCCACAGUCGCACGGGUCUACAAAAACUGCCCGACUCCAAGAUUCCAAGAGUAAUAGGGAAAGCAUCUCCACAAGGCCUAAAAUUAAGGAAAUGAGGGAGCAGGUUGCUCCCAAACCGGUCAACGGGUUCAAGUCAAGAGUUCAAAUGCUAUUCGACGAUCUCGAUGAGCUACCAGAGCCAUCGCGAUUCAACGCGUCUUCUACCUCCGACAUAAAAAAGGCCACAUCAUCCACAAAUAACAAUCCCCAAAAUGGCCCUGAGACCGACAAUCUGGAAUCCAAGAAAUCCCGCUUCAAUGACGUUCCAACUUUUUUGUUUUGA